GAGAGAGAGAGAGAGAGGGGAGGGGAAAAGUUGGACACGGACUAUCUUGCAGUCACUUUUUUCUUCUUUCCUUUCUCCGUGGGAGAAGCUUCAAGAAAAAAAAAAAGUCAACGGGACAAAAGACGCACUGGAUUAGGUCUGAUUUGCAUCGCUCCACAAGAUUUCCCUGGAUACAUACGCAUCUCUUUCCGGAUUAAUGUGGUCGCAAAUUUGUGGAUUUAUCAAUUGUUGAAGCUGGCGGCUGAGGUGACGCGAGGCGUUCGGUGGAGUGAAACCAUGUGGCUUCUCUGCUCCUCUCUGACUCUGUUGGCACUCAGCUUUGGAUCAUGUGACACGCUGAUAUCAGAGCAAGAUGAACAAUGCCCAUCCUUACAAGUGGAGGAGUGGAAGUUUCCGCAGACGACCAGGCACAAUAUUACAGGUUUCAAUCUGGUGAAGCGAUUCUCCCUGCUCAAGAAUAAAGAUGUCAAGAGGAUCCGUAACCCGCGAGGACCCGUCAUCCUCCGCCUGGGAAAGGCCGCGCUCCUGCUCCCUACCGAUCAGGUGUUUCCUCUUGGCCUGCCUGAGGAGUUCACUCUGAUCUUCACCCUGGCGUUAAAGAGGGCUGCCCUGAGAGACACCAUCUACCUCUUCCAGAUCUCUGAUCAGCAGGGAUACCCGCAGUUCUCUGUAGACCUCAACGGCCCUGAUGGCACCCUGUCCCUGCGCGCCAGGGGGGAAGACCCCGCAGCUGACCCGGCGAGCUGCGUUUUCACCGGGGAGGGGGUGGAAGCCCUGAUGGACUUGAGCUGGCACAAGGUGGCCCUCAGCGUGCAACAGGGAGCCGCCUCGCUCUACGUCGAUUGCAACUCCAUUGAGACCAAACCCCUGGAGCCCCGUGGAGCUCUGCCCGCUGACGGACACACUCUGAUGGGCGUUCGGGCUUCAGAUGCUGGGCCUGUGCAGAUGGACAUUCAGCAGGUGACGCUGUAUUGCGAUCCCUCCCUAGCUACUCAGGAGGCCUGCUGCGAGAUACCUGGAGCACGGUGCCCACCAGACGCUCCCAAGAGCCGCCGUGCUGCUGAGUAUGACCUGUUGGAAAACACUUUUAACCAGGAGAUUUUUGCAUCAAAGGAUCUGGCAGAGAAAGGUGAUGGCUGUUCUGGCUCCCAUUCAGGUCCAUGCACAGAGGGACCCAAGGGCCAGAAGGGAGAGAGAGGCGAGCUGGCGUCGCCUGCCAACUGGGGCGAAGCAGCAGGGUACAAGGGAGAAAAAGGUCAGAAGGGAGACUACGGUGCUCAGGGUCUCUCUGGUACUCCAGGGAAGGAUGGUCGAGCGGGGUCCAUCUGCGUCGUCGGACCCAAGGGACAGAAGGGUACCUCAGGUUUGGUGGGUCCUGAGGGUUUGGCUGGUGAGCCAGGGAAGCCUGGAUUUCCAGGCGCACGAGGAGUUGGAAAGCCAGGCCUACCAGGCCCUCCUGGUGGACCGGGUGGUGCGAAGGGAGCCACGGGAAACGCAGGAUCUCCGGGAGAAGAAGGACUGACGGGAGAUCCGGGGCCGAGAGGACCAGCGGGGUACAAAGGAGAGAAGGGUGACCCCUGCGAAGUGUGCCCCGUGCUGCCUGCAGACAUGGGAAACACAGUGGCUCUGCAAGGCAAGCCAGGCCCGAAAGGAGAGCCUGGAUUAGCGGGCGUAGGAGAGAGAGGACCGGCUGGGCGACUGGGUGCAGACGGCAAGGCAGGACAGAAGGGGGAAGCAGGUUCAGGUGGCAUCAAAGGAGAAAAGGGAGAGAAGUGUUCCGUGUGCCCCACCCUCGGAGAGUUACCCGCAAACAUCGACCCCGGUUUCCAGUCUCAAACCCUGAAGCAGAAGGGCGAGAAGGGGGAGAUCGGACUGAGUGGACAGCGAGGGGAGACAGGGAACGUAGGAUCUCCUGGACUUAGAGGAGAGCAGGGUAGCGCAGGCAGCAAAGGAGCUGAUGGUAAGCAGGGGAAGCACGGACCCGCGGGACCCGGUGGCUAUGACGGACAGAAAGGCACACAGGGCAAGCCUGGUCUUAGUAUUCCUGGCCUUAAGGGUGAGAAGGGCGAGUGUGGUCUGUGCCAGCCCGCCGAGGUCGGUAGCGGACCCGCCAGCUACAAAAUGCCUGACGGAACUAGAGGCAAGCAAGGCGAACCCGGCCUUCCAGGGCCGCCCGGACCUCCAGGUCUCGGAGCUGAUGGCAAACAGGGCCCACAAGGACUGGCUGGUACUAAAGGAGAAAAGGGUGAAGAAGGAGAUCAAGGAAAUGAUGGACGGGACGGAGCUGGCGGAGCCCCAGGACUACCUGGAGUGCCUGGUCAAGACGGACUAAUGGGCUUGAAGGGAGCGAAGGGUGAUGCUUGUACCAGCUGUCCUUCUAUGGGCACUACAACCGGUGAUGGUGUAGCAGUGCAAGGCCCCAAAGGAGAGAGAGGAGAGCCUGGUCCUGCCGGGCAAGGGAAGCAUGGAAGAAAUGGAAAACCCGGCUUACCAGGUGUGCAGGGGCCUGCUGGUCCCAAAGGACGCAAGGGAGGUGAUGGAGUCGCCGGAGUCAGCCUUCCAGGACCACAAGGUGAAGAGGGACCCAGAGGGCUCCAAGGACUUGUAGGACCUCCUGGAGCCAGAGGAUUGACUGGACCUGUUGGCCCUGCAGCGGAACAGGGCUCCAGAGGAGAAGUUGGGCUCCCAGGACCACAGGGGCCUCCGGGCAUUGGAGUACCAGGGCUCCCGGGUAGAGAUGCUUUCCCCGGGCCUCAAGGAGCUGAUGGCAGAAAUGGUUUUGAUGGAGCUAAGGGGGACAAGGGUGAACCUGGAGAGUGCAACUGCAUUAUCCCUGUGCACACGGGCAUUGGCGGACCUGGUGCUCCAGGAACUCCAAUAAACACAUGGCAGCCCGGGCCUCAGGGCCCAGCAGGACCUCCCGGCCCACCUGGCCCCCCAGGGCCUGAGGGAAUUAAUGGACUGAAAGGAAUACAGGGUAUCCCUGGAAACGACGGGAUACAGGGGAAACCGGGUUUACCUGGAUACAUCUACCCCACUGGACCACACCCACUGCCUCAAGACUCUGCUAGACAAGAUGGUGAUGAGCGCUGUGAAGGGAACUGUUCCCAAGGAGUUCCAGGAGUUCCAGGCACACCUAAUGUGGAGGGAGAGAAAAGAGAGCCGGGUAAGCCUGGCGUCACCCCGUUGGACAACUGUGACAAGUGUUUGGAGAGACUGCAGAGAGAGCAGGCGACACAAGCAGUGAAUGACCGACCGGGAACACCUGGAAUUCCAGGAACGCCUGGAUCACAAGGAAUGAGAGGAGAGCCAGGUUUAUCAGGAGAUAGAGGCGCAGCUGGAAUACAAGGACACAUGGGACCUCCUGGUUUCCCAGGUCCUCAGGGCCCCUCUGGUUUAUCUGGACAGCAGGGUGAGAUGGGAGCAGCCGGCCUCCAAGGGAUGAAGGGCGAGCAGGGCUCUCCGGGGACAUCCGGGUAUCCGGGAAGCAUGGGACCGCCUGGACUUCCUGGACUGAAGGCCGAACGUGGGAGCCCAGGAAGCAGCGGUCAGAAAGGAGAAACGGGUCCUCCUGGUAUCUCUGGGUACCAAGGACAAGCCGGCACACCGGGCAUUAAAGGAGACACGGGACCAGCAGGGCCUGUCGGUCCCAAAGCAGAACCGGGUUUCCAAGGACAACCAGGCUUCCCAGGACCACCAGGUGGACCAGGUCCUGCUGGAAAAAGUGGAAGGGAAGGGCUCUCCGGCCUCAAGGGUGAAAAAGGCAAUGAUGGUGCACAAGGCUCUCAGGGAUCAAGUGGACCCCCAGGCUCACCAGGCUCCCAUGGGCUGAUGGGCCCGCCUGGCAUUGAGGGAUUGGAUGGGAAAGAUGGGAAACCAGGGCUGCGGGGAGAGGCAGGCCCUACAGGCCCAGCAGCACCUCGAGGAAUUCCAGGAUUCAAAGGGAAAACUGGCCAUGCUGGCUUCCCUGGACAGAAGGGUGAAGCUGGACCUUCGGGUCCUCCUGGACCAUCAGGCAGGACGGGACACGAUGGUGAUCCUGGAACCCAAGGAGCUCCGGGCCGACCUGGAUCUUCCGGCCACGUUGGUUCUACAGGUCCAUCUGGUCCACCAGGACCUCCAGGUCCGUCAGGAUUGGGUAUCAAAGGAGAUAAGGGCCAAUCUGGUGAGAGGGGUCUUCCAGGGAUGGGAGGAGCCCCAGGACCACCCGGGCACCCAGGGCUCAUGGGAGAGCCAGGCAGCGAUGGUGCAGCUGGUAAAGAUGGAGCGGGCGGCCUACCAGGGGACAACGGGCAGUCAGGUCAAAAGGGUGAACCAGGAGCUGCAGGCCAGAGAGGUUCUCCAGGGGAGAGAGGUAGACCUGGGCUCCCCAGCGCUGGAGGUUACCACUCCAAGGAUGCGCAGCCAAUGACUGGCCCAGUCGGACCCAGAGGCGAGAGGGGUAGCUCGGGUUCAGAGGGCCCCCCAGGGGUUCCUGGACCUGCAGGGUCACCAGGAAAUGAUGCUGUAGUCAAUUAUGAUGAAGUCAAGAACUUCAUCCGACAGCAGGUCAUCAAGAUCUUUGAUGAGAGAAUGGCCUACUACAUGUCUCGCAUGCAGAUUCCAGUAGAGAUGGUGUCGUCCCCAGGUCGACCUGGGCCCCCAGGGAAAGACGGUACUCCAGGUAUUCCCGGGAACCAAGGGGGACCUGGAGUCCCAGGACAGAUCGGCAGACAAGGCCGGCCAGGAGGCCAAGGACCCUCUGGACCACGAGGACCACAUGGAGAAAAAGGAGAUAAGGGUGUUGGAGAGAUGGGAGAUGUUGGACCUCCAGGAGCGCCAGGUGUCCCCGGCCCGCAUGGCUAUGGUAAGAUGGGACCCCCAGGUUCCGUUGGCCAGCAGGGUGUUCCCGGGAUCUCAGGCUCUCCUGGGCAGCCUGGUUCAAAGGGGCACGAUGGCCGGUGUAACCCUGGAGACUGUAUGAGCCAUCAAGUAGAGUACAGCCCCAAGGGCCCACCUAUGAAAGGCCCCUGGUAGAGGACUGGAGGUGGAGUAGAGUGGCAGAGCAGAAGACAGGAAGCCAAAGACUGUGAUCCAAAGUUAUUAAAUCUGACCACAAGAUGAAAUCAAGAAGCUCCUUUGUUGUUGAAUUGUAUGAUCUGUACUGUAGUCCUGAGCAGCAAAAAAUAUCCACAAUGCAUUUCUAUGGCCCCGCUGGAAUGAGGCCUGCGAAGACACAACAGCAGCACAUUUUUAUUGCAUCAUUCUUUUCCCUAUGAAUGCCAAUUCAUUGCUAUAUUACUGCCUCUUUAUUCUCACUGUGUUUCACUCCUUUUGUACAUUUUCAAACAACCCAGGGGAGAUGACAAGAAUCACUAUUUGUAUUUUUAUUCUCCUUGAUUAAUUCUGGCCUCUUCUGGGCUUUUUUUUUUUUUCUCCAGUCUCUUCGUCUAAAUCUGUAGCAAGAGAAUACACACAAUUAUUGUAGCACUAUGCUUGCACCUCUCAUAUCUUUGUUCCCUCCUCACAGAAUCACAAUCAGAGUGCAUCCUAUGCAUUUCUAAUAGUCUGUCUCGGUGCUUGUGUUGUGAUACGUAUUUGAAUUUGACUUGUAAGAGAAUAUCCCCAGAAAACUAUUUCAGUUCUGUAGAAACAGAUGUCAAAAAAUUGCAUUCGUUCCCUUUUUGAUGGGUUGACUGUUUUGUAUAUAUUUAUAUUUAUAUAUAUAUAAUGGCUUUUUAUACUUUUUCAACAGAUAGGAAAGCAUACGCAUGGCUAGUGACUUAUUUUUCAUUGUCAAAAGCAACAAACAAAAAAAAAAGCCAAGGGGAUAUUUUUCUAAGGUCUAUAAGCUUUUAAAUUGAAUAAUGUGUUAAAAAACAUAAUUAUUUCAUGCGUUUACACAAGAGAGCAUAUUGGAUUUUAUAAAAUGAUGAUGGUAAAGUUCCUUUUGUGUCAUUUUAACUAGUAUUUUUGGAAAUAUAGCCAUUGUUAAGCAUCCCAGAUCAUGUUGUGUCCCCAAGUAGCUGUAAUAGCGGUCCGUCUGCUUCGACAGCAUUUGAUUAAGAACAUAUUAGCCAUUAUUGAGCCCAUUUAGCACAGGUACUGUGAUGCAACACACUGAGCAUGGCCACCAAGCACAACCACACAAGGAAAUUAUUCUGAAAAGCGUCACACGUUACAUAUUUUGGGUGUUUUUCUCCUCAUCUCCAUAGUUACAUCUGCAGAUUAAACUUUGAGCCGUGGUCAGACUUGUGUUUCUCUUGUACAAACUAACCCACGGGAGCUGUUAAAAGUUAAUACUGAAUUAAAUUGCUUUUCAAAGAC